AUGCACAUUUUCACUUUUCUUGUAUUCUCACUCACUUUAGCCACCACCACCGCCACCACUAACCACCGCCGUACACUCCACCAACCGUUCUUCCCAGACGACAACCCAACCCCACCGCCGGUGUCACAACCACCGGUAGCACAACCUCCGGCCACUAUUCUCCCACCAUCUUCACCACCAUCUAUAAACAACGACAUCCCAUUCAUUUCCACAUCUCCACCAAAUGACAACAACCAACCAUUUUUCCCAUCAGUCCCUCCACCACCACCAUCUCCACCGCCGCCGGCAACCACCUCUACCGCCUCUUUUCCGGCCAACAUCUCCGCUCUUAACCUCCCUACUUCCCCAAAACCAAAACACACUUCUUCAAAACUCAUCCCCAUUGCCAUCACUCUUGCCAUUUUAGCUCUUAUUGUACUUUUCAUUAUAUCAUUUUUGAAAAUUAAAAAAUAUAAAAAUCUUAAUAAGGAUUUUCUUAAUGAAAAACCACAACAGCCCAACACAACUAAUAAUAUUAUUAAUAAUAAUAACUAUAAUAAAAUACCGAAGCUCACUCGGCCUUCACAAACUAGUUCCGAGUUUUUAUAUCUCGGAACUCUUGUGAAUUCACAUAGUGGUGUUGAUACCAACACUACUAUGAAAAGUGGAAAUGAAAUCAGUUCAACUAUAACUAAAGUGGGUUCGCCGGAGCUCCGGCCACUGCCGCCGUUGACCGGUCAAAAGGGUCAAACUUUACUUCACCAUGACGGGUUUGAAAAUUCUGAGUGUGAAGGGUUUUACUCUCCGGGAGGUUCCGGCGGCGGCGCUACGGCGGCGACAGCGGAUGUUGGGCGGAGGAGUGUUGGGUCCGGUUCCAGGACUUCGUUUACUUCGUCAAGUUCUGGGUCUCCAGCGAGGUCUAUUUCUUUGAGUAUUUCGCCGCCGGUGAGCUUGAGUCCAAGACAUACUACAAUGAUGAAAUCGCCGGAGAUGUUUUCUGUCCAAACUGUUCCGCCGCCGUCUCGGCCCGCGCCGCCACCACCACCGCCGUUUCCGGAUGUGGGGUUGAGUAAAGAUAGUUUAGAGUCAUCACCCAGGUUGUCAAACUCUUCAAAUGACCAAAAAUAUUCUCCGGUGAGGAUUCCGCCGCCGCCCAUACCGCCAUUAACACUGCCGGAAAUCAACCCUCCGGUGCCGGUAAACAGGUUAAACCCACCUGUGUUGGUAAAACCCACAAGGAGUGUACUUGUAAGUAGUACUAAUACUAAUAAGCCAAUGGUUUCGAGUGUCGAAAUGUUGCCGGAAAAACAAGAAAAUAUCGAGGAAAACCGAAAACCGAAACUGAAAGCGUUUCAUUGGGAUAAAAUGAGAGCAAGUUCUGAUCAUGAAAUGGUGUGGGAUCAUCUCAAAUCCAACUCCUUUAAAUUAAAUGAAGAGAUGAUCGAGACAUUAUUCAUUGUAAAACAGCCAAGUGCAAAUAAUUCAAAUGAAAAAUCAGCUCCUGGAGAUCCGAUUCUUCCCUCUGCAAUAAGUAAUGAAAGCCAAGUACUUGAUCCAAAGAAGUCUCAAAACAUUGCCAUUGCAUUGCGGGCAUCUAGUGUGACAACUGAGGAAGUCUGUGAUGCACUUUUAGAAGGUAAUUUAGGUGCACUUGGUACUGAGGUUCUUGAAAGUUUACUGAAAAUGGCCCCUACAAAAGAGGAAGAACGUAAACUGAAAGAAUAUCGAGUUGAUUCACCUUCCAAGCUUGGUCCUGCUGAAAAGUUUCUCAAGGCUGUUCUUGAUGUACCUUUUGCGUUUAAAAGAGUUUGUGCGAUGCUUUAUGUUUCCAAUUUUGGUUCCGAGGUUGAAUACCUCAAGCGCUCGUUUCAAACUCUUGAGGCAGCUUGUGAAGAACUUAGAAACAACAGAAUGUUUCUAAAACUGUUGGAAGCUGUUCUCAAGACCGGAAAUCGUAUGAACAUUGGCACAAACCGUGGCGACGCCCAAGCUUUCAAACUCGACACGCUCCUCAAACUCAUUGAUAUCAAGGGUGCAGAUGUCAAAACAACUCUCUUGCAUUUUGUGGUCCAAGAAAUAAUACGACUAGAAGGUGCCCGUCUCUCCAGCCCAACUACAAACCAAACUACCAAACCCGCCGCUGGGCUUCAAAUUGUUUCUAGUCUCAGUUCCGACCUUUUAAAUGUCAAGAAAGCUUCAGCCAUGGAUUCAGAAGUGCUUAAUGGGGACGUGACUAGACUUUCGAACGGGAUUGCUAAUAUUAUCAACAUUGUCAAAUUAAUGGAAGGCACAAAGUUUUCUGAUUCAAUGAACAAGUUCUUGAGUAUUGCACAACAAGAGGUCAUCAAGAUUCAAGUCCAAGAAAGGGAAACAGUUUCUUUAGUUAAAGAAGUCACUGAAUAUUUCCAUGGAAACUCGGCUAAAGAAGAAGCUCAUCCGUUACGAAUAUUUGUGAUUGUGAAGGAUUUCUUGACGGUUCUUGACAGGGUGUGCAAAGAAGUUGGGACAUUAAAUGAUCGAAUUAACCAUGAUUCGGUUCAUAAAGUUCCAGUAAUCUCGACUCCAGUCUAUGAUGGUUUUCAUAAAAGGCAACAGUAUAGUUCUUCAGAUGACGACAGUAGCUCUUCUUCUCUGUAGGUAGUUAUUUAUAAAGAUAGAUAUGUUAGAUCAUUUUGGCCUUUUAGGUAGAUUAUGAAGGUGGGAGGAACAAUUUGGUAAUGACAUCAGUGUAAAAAAGGUUUGGAUCUAAUCAAUUUUCAGAAAUCAAUAGAUUAGUUGUUGGUUGAAGAUCA